AUCGAGCACAUGACGCACUUGGCAGAGCGCCUGGAGAGCAAACAGUCUUUGGAGCGCAAAAGAGCUGUUUGGCAAGACGCAACGAUGAAGAUGCUCAAGAGAGCAAUCGAAGCGGUGAACCAUGCCGACUGGACCGCGCGGGUGUGUGACGGCUUUGCUGCCUUCUACCUGUGGCCGUGCAUGGAUGCCAGUCAACACAUCCUGCUGCACAGGUGCAUGGGGGCGCUUGUCCAGCGGGCGGCAGACGCUGUCUUUAUUCAGCGCCGGGUGGCUCUCAUGUUUGACUCUGCCGCCCUCUCUGACCCCCUCGAUCGGCACGCCCUUGCCAUGGGGCUCGGCACCGUGGCGGCUGUACACCUCGACGUCGUGCUCGCAACCUUAGAGCAAGUCCUCGACUCUUACUCUGUCUCCAACCUGCAACGCAUAUACCAGUUUGUCAAAACCCUGGGCUCUCAAUCGGCCAUCUUCAUCCCCAAAACCUCCUCCUCCUCCUCCUCCUCUUCCUCCUCUGCUUCCGCUUCCGCUUCCUCCGCCCCCAAGCUCACUCUCCCGCCUCUCGAGCGACUCUUUAAGAAGGAGACUGCCACGUCAGCAGCUGCUGACUUCCUCCGGGACCCGCUGAUGCAUGAUGACGUGUGCGCUGCGUUGGCGCUGACGUACCAGUACACGGUGGCCUUCUCGGAAGCUUCCGUGGUGGAUUCGCGCAUCAGAACACUGCUGGAUGCGAACGUGUUUGCUCCCUUAGCUGCUGUGACAUCCCUCCCAGCCAAGGCAGCCGUGGUUCAAUCCAUCCUUACACUCGCCUCUGCUGCUCUCACCGCUCCUGCACCUGCGCUCACCACCCCUCCACCGCCCCAUUCAAGCGCUUAUCCUGCUGCUCAUUUAGCCCCCGUCCUUUCGACUUCAACAAGUCAUGCGGUCACUCCACUGCUGUGCAUUGACGACUCACCACUGGCUGAGCGUGUGAAAGGAGGAGAGAGAGGAAUGGGGAGAGGGGGAAAAACGGUGAUAGGAAUAGUGGAUGUGGAGGGAAGGGGCGGAGGAGAGGGGAGGAAGGAGCGAGAGGGAUCUAGUUCAAGUGGAUCAGAUAGUGAGAGUGACUGUGAGGAGGAUGUGGAGAGAGAGAGGAGGAAGGAAAGAGGGGGAACGAGGAGGGCGAGGAGGACGAGUGGGAGGGAGAGGAGGGGAAGACGGCAACAGCUUGGUCCAUUGGCUGUCAGUGUCAUCUCUCUGCUCUGUAGCGUGCUACAGAUGAGCUCACGCUCUCUCUUCUCUCUUCCUUCUUCUUGCAGCAACGUGGACAGCAAGGAGGAGGAGGAGCAGUUACAAAUCAUGCUCUCCCUCCUCCUCCCACCCCCUCCUCCUCCCCAGCCCUCCUCCCACCUACCCUCAGCCCUCAACCCCACCACUCUCCUAUCAUCCGCCUUCCCAUCCAACGCCACUCCACCCAGUAUCACCCAUCCCAACCCAGCAGCACCACUUCAAACCCAAGCAGGCAGCAAGCCUGGGAGCAAACCUAGCAGCCAGCCAGGGAGCCCUGGGCUUCGGACAAGAGGAAAAUCAAACCUGGGGGGUGCAGCAGGAGGAGGAGAGAGAGGAGGAGGAGGAGGAGAGGAAGGAGGGGGGGGAGGGGGGGAACGGGAGAGAGAAACUGGAGAGGCGGAAUCAUUAUCAGCAGUGGAGGUAGUGGCAUUGUCACAGCAGAGGGUGCUGACGGCGUAUCUGGCAGUGUGUGCUCAGUUCCAUGCGCUGGCUCUAGGGGCGCAAGGGCUGCCGGGUUGUUGUCAGGAAGACGUACGCGAUUUUCUCGAAGCUAGCAGCGGUGAAGUGCGGUAUACGGAAAGACAGCAAGGUAAUUCGUGUGCUCUUGUGACGGUGUACCUUGCAGUGUGUGCCCAGUUCCAUGCGCUGGUGCUGGGAGAGCAAGGGCUGCCGGGUUGCUGCAAGGAAGAAGUGUCUGGCUUCAUUGCGGCCAGCAGUGGUGGAGUGCGGUACACGGAAAAACAGCAAGAUCACACCCUCCCAUCACGCCCCUCGCUCAAUCUCGGCCAUCACGUGGCUGUCGUUCUGCCCUUCUGUGCCAAUGCCGACCUCGCACUGCAACUGCUCGGCUGCAAGGUGGUUCUGUUGCUCCUGACCACAGCUGUCGCCCUCUCCUCUCCACCUGAGGCCUCCUGCGUUUCUCCUGACAACCCACCUGAGGUUUCAUCACAAUCAGCCCAUUCCCCCCCAGCCUCUCCCUCCUCCUCUCUGCCUGUCUCCACUCACCCGGCCACCCGCCAAUUAGAGGAAACCACCGAAACCAGCAGUCAGCAGGAAGAGCAGCCGGCAGCAGCAACAGCAGCAGCAACAGCAGCAGCAACAGCAGCUUCUGCUGUUCCCAGCACUUCUUCUGAAUCUCCUUCUCCCCAUUCCUCCUCUCAACCGACGCACUCCGCCCUCCUUGCUGCUUUGGAAGCCAAGGUCUCUACUGCAGCUUCGCAUCAGGUUGGGACGUCGGAGGGGGCAGAGGAACAACUGGCAGUGCUGUUUGACUCUGCUGUGGAGUGUGUUGCACAUGUGCUGACGGCAGAUGAGGUCGCAGUGUUGCUGCUGGCAGCAGACGCGUUUCUCCACAUCACUUGUGCUGGUCACUCCCCCAACUCCAUCAACACUGGUUCAGCCACAUCUGCAGCCGCAUGGGAAACCUCGCAGAACCAGGAGCGGCAAGCACGGGAAGAUGGGGGCAGAGGGUCCAGCGACCUAGAUCACUUGCAGGGCGCAGCAGCAGUGGAGUGUGAGUACGUGGGGAGUGUGGUGAGCCGGUGCAUGGAGGCUGUCCUUCGAAUCGUCUCCCUCAGAGGCCACCAGCUGCUGCAGCAGGGGGAAUGUGAAGAGGGUUUAUUGCAGUCAGAAGCGCACGGCACAAAGCAGCUGCAGCUGCAGCAGCAGGAGGAGCGGCAGGAGCAGCAGGGCAGGGCGGGGAGGAUCAUUGAGCGCAUCGUGUCAGCCUCCCUUGGGUGUCACUACCGCUCUGCGCGCUUGCCUGCCUUUGCUGCGGUCUGCUCUCUGGCGGCUGCCUGCGACCCCCCUGCCCUGUUCCGCUGCGUGCUACAACAUGUGGAAGAAACUUCUGGGAAGCUGCCAGCACUUGAAGAGCUUGUAGAGGAAAUUGCGCGGCACCCAUCUCUCGGCCCUCAGCUGUUCCACCUGCUCCUGCCGAAGCUCAUUCCGGGCUUUGACCCGGUUGGCCUGGUGGAAGGCUUGCAUCAAGCAGCACAGCCACAAUCGCUAGAGCAGCACGGGAGUGAGCAGUUAGCAACGCCAGAAGGGGCUGGAGCAGCAGCAGCAGGGGUACUUACAGAGGGGCAACAGGACGAAUCUGCUGCAUCAGCAGCAGCGGAGCAGGCACAGCUGGGGAAGGCUGUAUCUGAGGCUGCUGCUGCUGCUGCUGCCGGUGGUGGUGCUGCUGCUGCUGGUGGUGGUGCUGCCGCCGCUUCGCUCACCUUUGAUCCAAGCGCUACAGUUGCAGCUGCGGUGGUUGCUGCUGCCUCACAUGCAGGGAGGGCAAGGAGUGCAGGGAGUGUGGGGAGUGCAGGCAAGCCCUUCAUCUACUCCUCUGCCUCCAAAGCAGCCAUUCGAACUCUUGGGAUCAUGCUCAGGCACCCUUCAGCCAACCUCAAGCAAGCAGCACUACCCUACACCAUCCCCACCGUCUACACCCUUCACCUGCUGCUCUGUGCUCUCGCCAUUGACACCAUCGCCUCUCACCCGGAGGCUGCCCUUGCUUCCGAGGGCCCGCUCAGCAAGAGGAUCAACGAUGCCAUCACAGCACCUGAAGGAGGGCUGUGGUCCAGCGACCCUUUCCUGCUGGUUUACGGUGCUCUCCGCUCUGUGGCUCAGUUCCUCAACCACCAUCCUCUUAACGAGGCCCUCGAAACCUUCUCACCUGAGAACGUGCUUCAGGAGGGAAAUACCAGUGAGAAUGGGAAGAGCGGGAUUGACGUGACAGUGGGGCAGCUGUCGGUGCUGUGUGGACUGGUGGAAGCCCUUGUGCGGGCUAUGCUGACGGUGGGAGAGCAGGGUGAUGAGGAGCUACCCGUUGAGGCGUUUCUCUCCCAAGCCAAGUAUAUCACAGACACUGCUCUCAUAAGGCUGUUCCCUAUCCCUCCCUCCCUCCUUCCCUCGCGCUGUGCCCUAUCUCAGGUGCUGCCUGUUGAGGCGUUUCUCAUCCAGGCCGUGGAGUGCACGAGUGUGUACAAGCACAUCAUCGAUGCUGCUCUCAUUAGAACGGCUGCCGUGGAGUGCACGAGUGUGUACAAGCACAUCAUCGAUGCUGCUCUCAUUAGAACGGCUGCCGUGGAGUGCACGAGUGUGUACAAGCACAUCAUCGAUGCUGCUCUCAUUAGAACGGCUGCCGUGGAGUGCACGAGUGUGUACAAGCACAUCAUCGAUGCUGCUCUCAUUAGAACGGCUGCCGUGGAGUGCACGAGUGUGUACAAGCACAUCAUCGAUGCUGCUCUCAUUAGAACGGCUGCCGUGGAGUGCACGAGUGUGUACAAGCACAUCAUCGAUGCUGCUCUCAUUAGAACGGCUGCCGUGGAGUGCACGAGUGUGUACAAGCACAUCAUCGAUGCUGCUCUCAUUAGAACGGCUGCCGUGGAGUGCACGAGUGUGUACAAGCACAUCAUCGAUGCUGCUCUCAUUAGAACGGCUGCCGUGGAGUGCACGAGUGUGUACAAGCACAUCAUCGAUGCUGCUCUCAUUAGAACGGCUGCCGUGGAGUGCACGAGUGUGUACAAGCACAUCAUCGAUGCUGCUCUCAUUAGAACGGCUGCCGUGGAGUGCACGAGUGUGUACAAGCACAUCAUCGAUGCUGCUCUCAUUAGAACGGCUGCCGUGGAGUGCACGAGCGUGUACAAGUAUAUCACAGACGCUGCUCUCAUAUGCCAUGCCGUGAGCGUGGGGUGGAGAAAGGACGGUUCUGAUUUGGAGGCAACGAUUGCAUGGCAGCUGGAGCGCUUCCAGGAAGCUUCCUCUGCUGCUCGAGCUGUCAUCCUGCUUAUACUCUCUAAGCUCCCCCAGUCCUCGUCCUCACCUUCCUCCAUGGCUCACCCCGCUACUUGCCCUUACCCUCCCUUGCAGCUCCCCCAGUCCUCGUCCCCACCACCCCCCGUGGGUCAUCGCAUUCUUUCUACGGCUGCUCUCUCCCUGCAAGACCCAAGCGCCAUGGUUUCACUCGCUGCAGCCAUUUGCACACACCAGUGCCUCUCCCAUUGCGACUUCCUAGCCAAUCAGGCGCUGCCAGCUGCCACCAUCCUCCAAUCAGCGCGAGCCAUCAUGGCCCAGGCUGCAGCAGCAUGGAUGGCAGGCGCGUUGGCAAACAAUCCCCUGAAGCAGCAGCAGCAGCAGCAGCAGCAGCAGCCCAGCGGUGGGGAUGAGUGCUCUGAACAGCCCACAGCAAGCACUGCAGAAUCUUCCAGCUUGGAGCUGGAGGAUCUUCAAUCCGAGGUGGGUGGAUUUUGA